AUGGCCGGCAGCGGUAACGUCCUCACUCACCUCCGAGGAGCCGCCAUCUUGACCCCGUGGGUGCUCUGGCUGUUGCUGGCGGACACGGCCAUCUCGCUUCAGCUGCCGCUCAAGUGGCUCUUCCCCAACUUCGUCUACGACUCGUCGUCGCGCAUCGCCGAGACCGUGUGGUACUGGAUCCAGAUCAUCUUCGAGCGCUUCAACGGCGCCAACCUCGUCUUCUCCGGCGAUGCCCUCCCCCGCGGCGAGUCGGCCAUCGUCGUCGCGAACCACGUCGGCUGGGCCGACUUUUACAUGAUCCAGGCCCUCGCCAUCAAGGCCGGCAUGCUGGGCCGCUGUCGUUACUUCGCCAAGAUCCAGCUGCGGAUCGUCCCGUUCCUCGGCUGGGGCCUCUGGGCCAUGGGCAUGCCCAUGGUGAGCCGGAACUGGGCCAAGGACAGGCACGAGCUCGACCGCGCCUUUUCCGGCAUCGUGGACAGGCAGUGGCCGACCUGGCUCAUCAGCUUCAGCGAAGCCACCCGCUUCACCAAGAGGAAGUACGAGCAGUCCAUCGUGUGGUGCAAGGAAUCCGGCCGUCCACAGCCGAAGCACCUCCUCUACCCCAGGACCAAGGGCUUCAUCACCACCGUGCAGCAUCUCAGAAAGGCACCCCACGUCAAGGCCGUGUACGACGUCACCAUCGCGUACCAGAGGGGCAACGACUUCCACGCGGCGCCGACCAUGUGGGAUACGCUCAGCGUGCCCGGGUUGAGCUCGCGGCUGGGCUACAAGUUCCACGUCCACGUGCGGAGGUUCCCGCUCGAGACGCUGCCGAAGGAUGACGAGAAGCUGGCCAAGUGGCUCGAGAAUCUGUGGGUUGAGAAGGGUGAGUGGUUAGAUGUCAAGAAGGCCGAGUGGGCGUCUACAACAUGA